AUGAAAUUAUUUUCUCAUAUGUUAUGUUUAUUGUUUAGUGUUUACUCGUUCAAUGCCACCUUCUCCCCCAAUAUUCCCUCGACUUCAUUACAUUAUUCCAUCUCUUCCCAUUUCUCGACCUUUCACAAACUGAAGUAGCGUUUGAUCCUUGACCAUGGUGUUCUAUAGGAGUGUUUCGCUGCUCUCUAAGCUAAGAAAUCGUGCUUGGAAUGGUAGGAAUUCUCCAUUGUUGAGCCUUUAUCUGUUUUUGACUGGAGUUCAACAGCCAAGUCUGAGCAACUCAGUCAGGUGGCUUCAAAUCCAGACCUCCUCUAACCUUGACCUUCGUGCACAGCUUAAGGAAUUAAUUCCAGAACAGCAGGAGCGUCUGAAAAAGAUAAAGUCAGAAUAUGGAAAAGUUCAAUUGGGCAACAUUACUGUUGAUAUGGUACUUGGUGGGAUGAGAGGAAUGACAGGUCUGCUAUGGGAAACAUCCUUACUUGAUCCAGAUGAGGGAAUUCGGUUUCGGGGUCUCUCCAUACCUGAAUGCCAGAAGGUGUUGCCAGCAGCAAAACCUGGUGGAGAGCCAUUACCUGAGGGUCUUCUCUGGCUUCUUUUAACUGGAAAGGUACCAACAACAGAACAAGUGAAUGCUUUGUCCAAAGAAUUAUGCACUCGUGCCAUUAUCCUAGAUCAUGUGUAUAAAACCAUCAAUGCAUUACCUAUAACAGCUCAUCCAAUGACUCAGUUUACAACUGGUGUCAUGGCUCUUCAGGUACAAAGUGAAUUUGCAAAAGCUUAUGAGAAUGGAAUCCAUAAAUCCAAAUACUGGGAGCCGACAUUUGAGGAUUCUCUUUCAUUGAUUGCUCAACUGCCAGCUGUAGCUGCAUAUAUAUACCGUAGGAUAUAUAAAAAUGGAGAAGUUGUAUCAACGGAUGAUUCGUUAGAUUAUGGUGCAAAUUUUGCGCAUAUGCUUGGAUUUGAUAGUCCAGCCAUGCAAGAGCUUAUGAGGCUUUAUGUCACUAUCCAUACUGACCAUGAAGGUGGAAAUGUCAGUGCUCAUACUGGACAUCUUGUUGCUAGUGCUUUAUCGGAUCCAUACCUCUCAUUUGCUGCAGCAUUAAAUGGUCUAGCUGGACCCCUCCAUGGUUUGGCUAAUCAGGAAGUUUUGCUUUGGAUAAAGUCAGUGGUGGAUGAAUGUGCAGAGAACAUAACCAAUGAUCAAUUGAAAGACUAUGUCUGGAAAACCUUGAAUAGUGGGAAGGUUUCAAAGCUUUAUGAAGUGGUGCCUCCGAUCCUAACAGAACUUGGCAAGCUGAUAUGGGACAGAGCACUUGGGUUGCCAUUAGAGAGACCUAAAAGUGUUACAAUGGAAUGGCUUGAAAAGCACUGCAACAAAUCUAAAUCUGCAUGA